CGCACAGGCACACUAUCACAAGACUUCCCCAUCUAAUACCAAUCAACGCCGUGAGCACCAAAGGAAUCAUGCCUGUGCCCAGGAAAGCAGGAAAAAACGGCACUGCUGCAGAAGAGAAGCUGCCGCCGUAUGAGCCAAAUAUCCCUGAACCCACCACCAGGGCUGACUUCAUGAAACAUUGGUUGCCCCUCUCUCUGGAUGAUAAAACUGCACAGAAACUGUUGUGGAUUUCCGAAGGCGGGUCCAAGGUGGCCCGUACGUCAGAUGCCGUGUGCCCAUAUCCAAACAGGCCUGAGAGAUAUGAACACUCCCCACAGGUGCUGACUAAGGAGGGUCUGAUGGGCUAUCGAGGGUACUGGGAGGUGGACUACGAGGGCUGGGUGGUGAUCGGGGCCGUCUUUGAGAGCGCACCCCGGAAGGGCCAGGACGCUCGCGGACCCAGCGGCAUCGGGGAGAACGCGAGCUCCUGGGGCGCCGGUUGGUCUGGCUCGUGCUACCAAAUCUGGCACAACAACGAGAACGUGGAAGUCCAGUUCCCCUUGACCUCCACUAUGGGCAUAUACGUCGACCAGCCCGCCGGCAUCAUCAAGUUCCUCAUGGUGGAGGGAGAGGGCGAGAAGAAGGAGGUGCGGCUGAUUCACAAGUUCAAAGCCAACAUCGAGGAGAAGAUUUUCCCAGGGUUCUGGGUUGGCACAAAUUCGUUCUGCCUUCUUCGGAAAAAGGAUCAGUGACACAGUAGAGGGUUGAGCAUGAAGGGGUGGGGGGGGUGGAGAGCUUGGGAUGUUUGGGGAACAAGUGUUGGAGUUGUAAAGCAGAACUAAAGCACGUUGUGACAUCUUUGUAGAUUGUGUUCGCUUUCUCUGGUUGCAUGAAGAAAGUUUAUUCAUCACAUAUUAUAUCCAAAGAUGGCUAUUUAUUUUAUUUACUAUUAUGUAUCUUUUUAUUUAUUUUAUUUAACUUAGUAUUGUAGGCAAGGUCUUGUAUUUUUCUAACAUGCAGGACUGUACUAUAGUACUUUUUUAAGUGCUCA